CGUGCUUCUCUCUUACGCACUUCCUUCCCCUUUUUUUCUCUCCCUAUUUAUACACUUCCCUCAACUCUUCAUCUUCCUUCUACAUCUCUCAAUCUCCAGAAAGGAAACAGCAACCUCAAGCAUUCAACAAUGGCGACCACCACUACUGAAGAAAACAGCAACAAAUCCUCAUCACACUCUCUCUCCUCCGUUUACCUCUCUGACACAGCGGAGGUCAAGAAAGUCUUCGACCGAUUCGACGUCAACGGCGACGGAAAAAUCUCCGCUGAAGAACUCAUCGGCGUUAUGAAGGCGCUCGGAUCGGAAACCUCACCGGAAGAAGUUGCGCAGAUGAUGGAGGAGAUGGAUACCGAUCGCGAUGGCUUCAUUAACCUCGAGGAAUUCGCCGAUUUCUGCUCUCGCAAAGUUGAAGGUGAUGAAUCCGGGUCGCAGGAGCUUCAUGACGCGUUCAAGAUGUAUGACCAGGAUGAAAAUGGCUUGAUCUCUGCUGCUGAGCUACAUCUCGUUCUGAGUCGACUCGGUGAGGGUUGCUCUGUUGAAGAUUGCUCGAAGAUGAUUCAGUCUGUUGAUGCUGAUGGCGAUGGUAAUGUUAGCUACGAGGAGUUUCGUAAGAUGAUGACCAAAGGUAAAUCGACGUCGUCGUCAAAUUAGGUAUUUCGAUUUCGAUUUCGAUGAUUAUUAUUAUCGGAAUUUGCUGACUGUUACUUCAAAUUGUUAGCGUAAAUUCAUAAGUUCUCUAGUUAUCAAUGUUGCUUUAAUUUUAAUUUUCCUCUUUUAAGAUUUCGUCAUUUCGAAGUUUGUAGUGUAUUCCAGUAAAAAGGCGCCACAAAUACUAUCGCCAUGAAUCAAUUACGAUAUUUAGCAGCUAAAUUGGAAAAUUUGUGUCUAUUCUCAA